AGGAGCGCGAACGGUUAAGGGCAGACGGCUGCUAGAAAAUGGCGAAUAUGGAGGAGUUUCGGUACGGGAAUAAUGUUAUUUGGAAACUUUAAGCAGUUUUAAUACUUGAUUAAGCUCGGGCGUGUUUGUUUUCUGCCUUUAAUGUCAAGUUAUUUUGAACAAUGGCGAGCGCUACAGCUAUGUCAAACUAACUGAAGCUCAUUUGUAAAUACGUUUUGUUAUUAGUAGCUAACGUUACUCUAGCUAGCUAGCUAGCAGGAGCGCUAGAAACAUGAAGUGUCCUAGUUGGCAGCUGUAAAUGGCGUCCCUGUGCCCACACAAUGAAAUGACAGCGGACCUGAAUACAUUUCAGCAAGACUCCCCUGUUUUUAUGGCUUAUCGUUGAGUUAAGUGCUCUGGGGCCACUCGGCGACACUGCAGUUGACGUUAUGGCUUUACACAACUUGGUCUUUGUUAUUGAUGUGGAUUAUGGAGAUCACGAAUCAGGAGAUCAACUGGAUGUCAACAGUCAUCUCGUAAAACGGGGAAUAUUACAAACCCUGCUGCAUUUUGGCUAUAAAUAUGCAUUUGACAAAGUACGGUGGGGUUAUAAAUUCUUUCAAUCCAAGACUGGCCGCAAUGCCAGCCUCAUAUCGAGGGGGUCGGACUUCAAGGAACUUCGCCACAAAACUUUUGAAGACUUCGAAAUAGAGUUUGAAGCCAAGUUUGACUCUCUCAAGGAUAAACUGUGCCCUUCACAGCAGAAGCAGAAAUCCAAUCAUUCUGCCUCGAUUCACAAUGCACUCAAAGAAACUCUGCUGGACUUCCAAUGGGACCGACCAGACAUCACUUCUCCCACUAAACUGUCCCUGAGGCCGAGGAAGUCGAGCCGAGCUGGAAAGCCCAGUGUUUCACAAGAAGAUGAUAUUUCAAGCAAUGGGAGAAAUGUUGUGUUUAUUGUGUCGGAGUGUCCACGUUCAAGGUCACAACUUGUGGACUAUCUUUGUUUGGGAAACAGUGACCUGCCUACAGAUGUGACUGAGCACAUAAUACCCAGGGGGCUUCACGACAUGCUGGUUCAGCGACAGGUUGUCCUGCACUGGAUUGACAGUAGAUCACAUGUCCAGGUCAGGAGGUGUGAGGAUCACCUUGGCUCUGACAAGCUGUCUGAGGUCCUAGCUCAGCUGGGUGGCAGAGUGAUCCCUGUGGUUGCACUACUGAACCUCCGCUCUACUCAAAAGCCUGAGUCAGCCUUCAGCAGACAGACCUUUGCAUUCAAGUCCAGCAUUGGAUACCUGCUGUCUUCUGAAAGGCUCCACCGCCUGGCUUUUCCUGUCAUAGGUGGUGUUCUGCGGUGGGAGCAAGGUGACCUGACACAGAGCUGUAGUGUCAUGAUUGAGCCAGUGUCUCGCAGACACAGGCUUCUCCCAGAGUCGGUGGAUGUGUGUCUGAAAGCAGUGCUCCAGAACUGGGAUGCUUCUUCACUGACAAAGACCUCCACAGAGUCAUGGUUGCUACAGUGCUCCUCCAGCUGUGACCAGGGAGCUGCUACUGCUUUACAGCAUCUCCUGAUGGAGAUGUCUGCUCAUGCACUGCACAUGCUUUCUGAGGUGAACGACAGCGGCCUGGUGUGCUCGGCUGUCCUCUCCCCCUUGUCUCACACUACAGCUCUGCUCACCAUUCUCCAGUCUGGAGUCCUCGAGCACGACCAGCUCCUAAUCACCGAAAGCAUUGCUCCUGCCACUGCAGAAACCUCAGCUGAACUGCCAGAUGUUGUGAGCAGUGUUCUGGGACUAGUGUAUGAAAUCAUGGAGGCAGAUGGUGACACUGUCGAUGACCAAUCGAAGGAUCAUCAGGUUCCUGAGUGGGCUCAGCAGGAAGUCAGCCAUUGCCCGCUGACGACAGGCGUUUUGGAGAGUUGGUUUCCUCAGUCGGACCAGUCAGGAGUGAGUUCCCAUUUAAUGGAGUCAAUAAGGUUGCUGCAUGCAGUGCCAGAGCAGAGAGAAGAGGACGAGUUGUGUGUCUUACAGCAGGAGCUGAUCAGUGGUCUGGCUGAUUUGUAUCAAACGUCCCGGGGCACAGAGGCCAAGAGGGGACGGAAACGUGGCGCUCAGCGCACACCGGUGAAGCAGAAGAUGAAGACCAUGAGUCGCUCCCUGCAGAUGCUGAAUGUGGCGCGGCUCAAUGUCAAAGCCCAAAAAGAUCAGGCAGAGGCUGAGCAGCUGGGGGCCGAGGGCAAGGGGCCAGAGAGACCGGGGAAGAGACGGACAAGUAGCAGAAACAAAUCUGGAGGAGUGAACGCCAUCAGUUUCACUAGUGAGGAGGAGCUGCUGUCCCAUCUGAAGUGCAGUUACGAGAAGACUGUGGCAGAGAAAGACUUGUCCCUCCCCACUGCUGUCCAGCACCUCCUGUUUGCUGUGAAAACCUUCUUUGGGACAGAGUCUGAACUGGAGGUGAAGAUCUUCCAGAUUAUCCAGCUGCACCUCCUCAAGACCAGCAAAUCAGUCAGGCAGCUCUACGGCACGGCUGCAGAUGUUGAUCGCAAAGUCAGAGAGUGCAAGCUUCAGGCGUUGCUGAGGCUGGAGUUGUGCUCAGCGGAGCAGUCUGACUCACUGGAUGUUGAUCAGAUGGCAGAGGAGGUGGCUGAAAUGCUGAGGAUCAUCUCCCUAACGAAAGACCCAGUUUGUUUAGAACGGUUCCUUGGAGACGAAGUCCUCCCAGGGUUCCUGACCGCCGUCCCCAGAGUGCUUGCAGACAUCUACCAUAGUCUGGGCACCCAGCUCCCCGAUGCACUGGUGGCUGUACUGCCGGCUGACUUCUUCAGUGACGAGUCGGUUACCAAGGACGGCGUUUCUCCUUCAGCCUCCUCCCCCCCCCUCUCCACACACAGCCUGGUUUCGGAUGGCAAAGAUCGCCUGCAGAACCUGCGAAAUCGUUCUGCCAACGAGAGGAGGAGUGGGAUGCUGACUCGUCAUCGCAGUAUGACUGAAUCGUCGCAGAGUCUUCGCCAAAUAGAGAUCCCCAAAAAGACUACAAGAGCUUCCAAAUCAAAGAUCUGUGCAGCUUUGGAGAAACCUGUUGCAGAAGCACAACCUCAGAAACAGGAAACACAAGAGGUGACGAAGGUCAGAAGAAACCUGUUCAACCAAGAGAUCGUUUCCCCCUCAAAGAAAGCCAAGCUGCCGAGGAGCCAGUCUGUGUCGGCCGUGGAAGGCUUGAAGCGCAAGCGAUCUCUUGAAGCCGAAGAGAGACACAAACUUAUAACAAAGAAAGUGUGUGAAACCCCCGUCCACAAGCAAGUGUCCAGUCGCUUCCUGUAUCGGCAGAAGAUGGGAAGGAGAUCCGUCCCAACGGAGGAGUGCAUUGUGGAAGAGUCGCCAGUAAAACCUGCAGACGACUUGAGAAGGAGCCCAAGGAUAAAGAAGUUUGCUCGAAGACACUCAAACGUCUUCUACUCAAGUUCUCAACCUCGCUCCCGCAACCUGGACCGAGCUCUCUCUGCGUCCCAGCUUCCUCUCAGCGAUGGCAAAAUCAGUGGGGUUAACGUAAAAACUGUUCGCUCGCCGAUGCGUCUUCUUUUUGGUGCUGCUCAUUCCCCCAGUCGUACUUCUGCAACCAGGGCCACCAGGUCGCGGCUUUUCACAGACUCGAGUGUCUUCGAGAGUCCAAAUAAAACACCAACUAAGUCACCUGGUAAGCAUGGGAGGGGCAUGCAUGGGAUCAGGACACCCAAGACACCCCAAACCCCAGUGUCCCCCAAAACUCCAUCUCCAUUCAGGAUGUGUGUUUUCCCUGCCGCACAAAGCCCCGUAGCAGGCAGCUCUCGUGAACUUGGUAUGGCUCUGAGAGGCAGUCCCUUCAGAUCUCCAGCCAGACAGACGUUUGUGGUAGAGAGCCCCGUGAGGAGCCCACUGAAGGGUAUUCUCAGGACUCCCGUCAAGUCCUUGGUUGAAAGCCCCUCCUCUUCUGGAUUACAUCUUCUCAAUAGCCCCAUUUCCAUGACUCCCAAGAAGAGCGUCACAUGGUCUCCAUCCCCUCGAAAAUGUAGAGUGGCAGACGGCAGCGUUACUUUCAAGGUACCAGAGUCGCCUUGUAAUGCGUCCCGCACGUCUCCAACACUGGUGAAAACACUCAUGCAGUUCAGCAGUCCUGUCAAAAGCACAAACACUAAACGAGACAUUUUUAAGACUCCAGAAAAGAUUUGUCAAGUAAACCUAGUAAGGAUUUCUGAAAAUCAGCAUCAAAGGUCCUGUGAAAAACUUCAUAACGGGAUGAAAACGCCUGAAAAAGGGGACACUGUUAGUCUGGAAAUGCCUCCUCCACAAUCCACACCACCUCAGACCACCCUCUCACCUAAACCCAACACUAGAACUCAAUCCAAGACCCCUAGUCCUAAUCACAACAUGGUGACUCGCUCUGGACGAACUCCAGGAAAAAGUUCAAGCAUUGCUUCCCCAUGUAAGCCUGUGUUUACACCAGUAGGAGGUACUACCAUUUCCCAAGGAGCAGAUACUUCAGUAAACCCUCCAGUAAAGUCCCUGACUAGAACGAGGUCUGGUCAAGGUGCUGGAUCCACCAGACAUAACUUAAGAUCACAGUCUAGUGAGAAUCUUCCCUCCAAACUAACCACAGAAUCUGCUGAGAACUGUGACCUUGUGGAAAGGAACAUGCAGUCAGCGGAACCUUCCCAAACCUCUGAAACUGACAGUUCCCACACAGAUUCACAACAACUUGACUCUUCACGUUUUAACUCUGCAUCCACAGACGAUGAAAGUAUGGACAUUGUAGAUGCUUCAGUUGUCAAGACCCAGUUUAGUGGAGGUAUCAAAAUGAACAUUAGCUUUUCACGGAAGCCCUCAAAGUCCGGUGAAGACUUAUUGUCGAACGCCGUGUCUCCUGAAUCACGCGUGCCACCCCAAGGCACCCCUGGCCGGAGCUACGGCUUCCGGCAGACCCCUGACCGCCAGCAGAGGGAGGCUGCUGCUCGUUUGGGUUACGGAAAUGAAUCUCCUCGUUUUUCAACCCCAAGAGGCCUAUCAAGACUUUCUCGACAAAAGAGCAUGGGUACUCCGAACCCUCUUACUUACCAGGUAGAAAUGGAAAUGCAAACAUCAGGACUUCCCAAGAUCAAAAUCAAACGUACAGAUUCCAUGAAUGCGGGCGAUUCUGCCUCAGAUGGAGGUCCUCGAUCAGGAGCUUGGAGCCCUUUAGUUGGUGUGAAACCUUCUCAGCUGGAAAGCCCCUUGGCUUUGUUCUCUAAGCACAGAGAUCCUGGAUGUGUCUCGCCAUCUAUCUGUACCCAUGUCACCCCGGCUAAGAGCACGCCUGGAAAAGGUGGAAGCGUCCAAACUUACAUCUGUCAGUCCUACACGCCGACACGCCAUCCUGCGGGAACAAUGUCUCCAAUGGCAACUGCUGACAUCAUUCCCCUAACUCCUUCACCUCAGAGUGGAGGGAGGGUCACCCCAGACAACCUCAACAGCUGGCCUCGCAGGAAGAGAGCUCAGAUUGGGGUGGUUGGAGGCAAGGAUCGUGGCCUGAAGGGGGAGCCUAUGCUGUUGGAGUUGCUCGAGGAAGCCGAACUUGGAGUUAGCAGAUUGCAGGACGUUGAGGACACGGAUGAGCCUUCAAACAACAAAGCUCCAGUAUCAGCGUUGACCUCCAUAGAGUCACCCCCAGUUGGAGCAGAUACAUCUCCUCUGUCUCCACUAGAAGACUUGUUCUGGAUGGAGAAGCUGGCUCAGCAGCCUGACUGUGCUGAUCCUCAGAGAGAGGAAGAAGACAUCAUCUGGGCCACUGGAAAUGGAGAUGUCAAGUCGAUAGCGACUCCUCCCAGCUCAAAGGUGAGGAAGACGGUGACGGCGAGUGGGAUUUUGGCCCUCACUCACUCUCCAUUGUUGUUCAAGGGCAAAACGGGCUCUGCUAGUAAAAGAACACCACAUUGUAACGAUGAGGCUGCAUCAGGGAGGAGGAUAGAAGUCGAUGGAGUGGACCGCUCCCCCUUCAGCCUGCCGAUCAGACUCUCAAACACGGGGAAGUCCUACAGCAGGAAGAGGCUGCUUCACUAAAGCAAAAAGAUGGUCCACUCUGUGUUUCACUGUGAAGUCGUGAGACUCUCAGACAUGUUUUGUCUUCGAGUGCUUUUGAUGGCAGAUCUGAAAGAUGUCUUUCAAGCACCACUUGAAAGAAUGUCCCUUUCAGUCUCUCCCUCGAACACCUUCGACCCAACAUUUUCUGUUCUAACAGGCGACUUUUGUUUUAAUCAGGACAUUUUAACAUUCUAGAUAAAUGUAGCUGUGAGGUGAAGAGCUAUGCACUUCUGCCAUGAUGUUUAAAACUGUUCCUGUUCAUGACUUCAUCAUUCAAAGUGUGCCAUGUUUGCUGCGUAGGUCUCUCGGAAGCUAAAGCUGUUGGAAAAUGGUGAUUAUUAUUAUGUCAUCUUUGUUUCGUAAAUAAGCAAUUUUACAAUCAAGUCUAAAGCCUAUAUCUGUUGAUAUAAAUAUUCAUGUUUAUUUAUUAGUUUGUUUUUGUCAUAAACUUGCUUUUCUAUGUGAAAGGGAAUGUUUUAAUGAUUUAUCUUUGUAAAUAUCUUAUGUUACCAAAAUCUCAUGUAAAUAAAUAUUAGUUUUCUUAAGUUA